AUGGAGCUUCCAUGGCUCUCUUUCCUCUCUCAGAUGAUCACUUUCACUCUAUUUCUACUUCUUUCCUUCACUUCCAUUGCAGAAGCUUUCAAACGAUGCCCUAACUGUGGCUCCACCCAAGUCCCUUACCCACUAAGCACGAGACGCGAUUGUGGCGAUCCCGAUUACAAGAUCCGGUGCGACGAAGACCGCGGUUCCCUCUGGUUUGAUACGCUCAACGGUUCAACCAAUCCGAUAAAAACAAUCGACCCGUCGGGCCAACGGUUUGUCCUCACACCACCCGGGAUCAAACCCAACACAUGUGUAUCGGUCGAUAUCAAGAGCCAUGGUAUUCAGCUAGACCCAAACCUUCCUUUUAAUGUUAGUAGUAGUAACACGGUUAUCAUCAUGAAUUGUACAAAAGACGGUCUAGAUAAAUACAUCUCUCAAGGGUUUAACUGUUCCCACAAUAGCUUCUGCCACAAGUUUCUAAAUCUCGAAGCACGGGGAGGCAAGUGUCGAGGCGUCUCAUCUUGCUGCUGGUAUAAGACCGGUGCAUCGGUUAAUACUUAUAAAGUUUACAGGGCUAGGGAAGAUAUGUGUUCGGCUUAUCAGAGUUAUAUGAAUUUGGAUCUAACGUUGCCGGUUAGCAAAUGGGGCGAACCGGCCGUGGAGAUACUAUGGGAAGCUCCGAGAGAGCCGGUUUGUAAGAUCCCAGGAGAUUGUACCGAUUUGGUGAAUUCGGUUUGUUCGGUUGAUUCGACGAAUUUAGGACAGAAGAAAUGUUUAUGCAAGAAAGGGUUUCGAUGGGAUUCGGCCAACGCAAUCUGUCAAGUUAACCGAUGCUUUAAGGGAAAGAAAUGCAAGCGACGGAGUAAUCUGCCUUUAAUCGGAGUUUUGGCCGGAGGUGUGGGGGCAAUAUUAAUCGCCGGAUGCGUAAUGAAGAUGAUAAUCUCGAAGCGGAAUCGGAGAGUCGCCGGAAGCCAAUCGUGGGCAAACAUUAGGAAGCUACAUCGGCAUCUAUUGAGUACCAAUAGUGCCGGACUCGAUAGGAUCUUCUCCGGCAAAGAAAUCGUCAAAGCGACGAACAAUUUCGCCAAAUCCAAUCUCCUCGGAUACGGCGGAUUCGGCGAGGUUUUCAAAGGAAAUCUCGACGACGGAACAACAGUUGCCGUGAAACGAGCCAAGCUCGGGAACGAGAAGAGCAUACACCAGAUCGUCAACGAGGUUCAGAUCCUUUGCCAAGUUAGCCAUAAGAAUCUGGUGAAGCUUUUAGGAUGCUGCAUCGAAUUGGACAUGCCGAUUCUGGUCUACGAAUUCGUACCGAACGGAACUUUGUACGAGCACAUCUACGGCGGCGGCGGAUCGUACGAUCCUUUACCGUGGCGGCGCCGCCUCAUGAUCGCGUAUCAGACGGCACAAGGACUUGCUUACCUCCACACAUCCGCUACACCGCCGAUUUACCACAGAGACGUCAAAUCGAGCAAUAUUCUCCUCGACGAGAACCUCGACGUUAAGGUUGCCGAUUUCGGAUUAUCCAGAUUGGGCGUGAGCGAUGUGAGCCACGUGACGACCUGCGCGCAAGGAACCCUUGGGUAUUUGGAUCCUGAGUACUACCUUAACUUUCAAUUGACGGAUAAGAGCGACGUGUACAGCUUCGGUGUGGUGUUGUUCGAGCUAUUGACUUCUAAGAAGGCGAUUGAUUUCAAGCGAGAGGAGGAAGACGUGAACCUGGUGGUGUUCGUGAGGAAGACGUUGAGGGAAGGGAGAUUUGCGGAGAUGAUUGAUCCGAUGAUCGGGAAAGAAGCGACGGCGACGGAGUUGGAGUCUAUGAAGGAGCUUGGACUUUUGGCGGAGCGAUGCGUGAAGGAGACGAGGCAAAGUCGACCAACGAUGAAAGCUGCAGCGAAGGAGAUCGAAUGCAUUUUACAAGGAAUUGCUUCUGCUUCUGAAACAUGAGAAAAGGCUCCUUUUUUUUUU